AUGGUGCAGUUUGGGGCCAUGUGGCGGACAGUGAUGCAGGAGCUGGAGAAGGAGGUGUGUUCUAGAGAGAGACGUGACUAUCCUGGAUCAUCUGGGGGGCCUCAACAACCUCAUGAUGCUGAUGAGGCAGAGAAGAGUCUCUCCACAGCAAAACAUCAGCAGAGACCAACAGAGAAACCAUACUGCUGCUCUGACUGCGGGAAGGGUUUCUUAAGAUCAGAUUCACUAAAAAUACACAUGAGAAUUCACACUGGAAAGAAAUCUUAUAGCUGCUCUAACUGCAGGAAGGGUUUCUUAAGAUCAGAUUCACUAAAAAUACACAUGAGAAUUCACACGGGAGAGAAACCUUAUAUCUGUGAUCAAUGUGGGAAGAGUUUUACUACAUCUCACCAGCUAACGUCACACCAGAGAACACACACAGGAGAGAAACCUUAUAGCUGUGAUCAAUGUGGGAAGAAUUUUCAUACAUCAAGCCAUCUGAUUCGACACCAGAGAACACACACAGGAGAUAAGCCUUAUAACUGUGAUCAAUGUGGGAAGAGUUUUCCUACAUCUAGCCAGCUGACUUCACACCAGAGAACACACACAGGAGAGAAACCUUAUAGCUGUAAUCAAUGUGGGAAGAAUUUUCCUACAUCAAGCCAUCUAAUUCGACACCAGAGAACACACACAGGAGAGAAGCCUUAUAACUGUGAUCAAUGUGGGAAGAGUUUUCCUACAUCUAGCCAGCUGACUUCACACCAGAGAACGCACACAGGAGAGAAACCUUAUAGUUGUAAUCAAUGUGGGAAGAGUUUUACUACAUCUAGCCAGCUGACUUCACACCAGAGAACACACACAGGAGAGAAACCUCAUAGCUGUAAUAUAUGUGACAAGAGAUACUCUGAUAAAAGAUCUCUGAUUAAACAUCAGAAAAUGCAUGAAGGAGUUGUUUCAUGA